AUGAAUCGUCCCCGAGUCGUACACGAGGGGAUUCAGGAAUCCCGUGACAGCACCACUGCGCUUGCAGCGUUAGAAGCCGAGCUGUUUUUGCCGCCGAUGUGGAUUCAGAUGGAUCGAAUCAAGAAGGAGACGGCUGUACGAAUCCGUACAGGCCCAACCUUCGCCAUCCCAAAGCUUAUGAUCACAGAGAGAACCCCUCAACAGCGCUUCUACGGAUCUGUAGCAGGAGCGUGGGAGAGCCGGCGAGCAUUCGUCCGGGAACCAUGGCGAGCGCCACCGAAGGUGUCUAUCGAGGACAGAGACGCUGCGGAGGAUACCCAUCUACAGGCUAUUGCGUUUGAAAAUCCAGCACCAUUGAUCAUAUAUACGGACGGUUCCGGCUACGAAGGCAAGGUGGGGGCGGCUGCGCAGAUAGACACUACCCGCGAGGGUAGCAGCUUUCUCCAGAGCCAGAUGGGCACAUUGGAGACAGCGACGGUGUACGGGGCAGAGCAUCGUGGCCUAGAGAUGGCGAUGGAGUUAAUCUGGAAGAGAGCUCGCGAUAACCUUACACAAGUGGUUCAUAUGCCACGAGUUGUGGUCUUCUCGGACUCCCAGGCAGCACUCUCGGCACUCCGCCGUCCACGGAUGCCAUCUGGCCAAUGUUUCCUCCACUCCACCCUCAAGACACUGUAUAUCCUUACCAAUGCAGGCGUCGAUAUCGAGUUCCGCUGGAUUCCUGCUCAUGUAGGGAUCUUCGGCAACGAGGAAAUCGACAAGCUAGCCAAAGAAGCCGCAACGUCCACCGGGCGUGCCGCCGACCGCGAUACCACGCAAGACCGCGCGAUCAUCCUGGGUGCAGCCGUGAAGGCCCGCAUCCGGAAGGAAUCGAAGGAAGCGUGGGAGAAGGAGUGGAGGAGGACGAAAACGGCGAAAGCGACACGGCGUCUGAUCGAUUUGCCGAACAAAAAGACUCUGGAAUACUGGCAAAAGAAACGAAAAGCCACGACGUCAGUAAUGAUGCAGCUCCGUACAGGGAAGGCGGCCGUGGCGGCUUACCUGGCAAAGAUCAACGCCCGUGACACACCGCGAUGUGAGUGCGGCCUCGGAAAUCAAUCAGUGAGACAUGUCCUGCUGGAGUGUGAACUCUGGAUAGACGAGAGACGUGCGAUGAGCCUCAAACUGUGCGAAAAAGGCUUCAACCAACUGACACUAGAUGUGCUUCUCGCGAAGGAGGAGGCAUCCGAUAUCGUGGCCGACUUCAUCUUCGCUACAGGCGUACUGGGCCAGUUCCACGCUGUGGAUCCAGAGGCGACCGGGCGUGAGCCGGCAGACGUUGCGGAUACAGGUGAUUAA